GCAGCUGCACUCUCGGCGCACACAGAUUCUGUCGCCUCAUUGUCCUCUUCCUCGUCUUCUUCCUCCUCAUCCUCCUCAUCCUCGUCCUCAACCUCAUCUGCCGGUCUCAACAUCUGUCCCGGCAGUCGUGAAGCCAGCCCCAACCCCUCCGGCCUGGGCCAACACGGCUCUGCCACAGCCGCCAUGAUGGCGGCGGUCGCCGCGGCAACCAACUAUGCCGCCUCACAAUUGGCCUACUACGGCUCCACCGGUAGCCAGGGCCUGGCCGAUGCCACGCCGGCCCACCUUUCAUCCGGCCCCCCAGCACACGGACAGAAUAGCCUGACCAACAGCAUUUCUGCCGCCGCCUCGGACGGCCUCACUAACCAUUGGCCCAACUCACCACCUCAGGCUCUACAGAGGAGUGAUGCCUCCAGCCUACUCGCCUGGCCGCCUGCCUACAGACCGCAUACUGGCGACAGGGACGACUCGAUCGUGGAAGGUGAAGCCUAUUUGUUGGAGGCCAACGGUUGCAAUACCAAUGGCCAUGGACGCCCUUACUCGACGGGUGGAAUACACGGCCGACCGUUGCACCCCGAUGAUCGACAUAGCAAUGAGGAUGGAGUGGCUAACCAGAUGACGGAGGCCGCUUUUUCAUUAGGAACUUGUCUAAACCAGACGGGUGUACCAUACGAGACGCCGGUCGGCUCAAUCAGAGGAUACUAA